CCCCGGCCCACGGCCGACAGGUUCCCCCACGCACGCACCGAGGAUAGAGAUCAGGUCGAAGGUCAGCCCCAGCAGCUCCUGGGAGAUGCCCACCGGCCCGCGUGUGAGCGCCUGCAUGGGGAAGGACUCAUUGAGCAGCACGGAGUCGGCAUGCGUGCGGAACCCCAGCAGGCGGGACUUCAGGGCCUGCAGCCUCACCAGCUCCCUGAGGAUCACGCAGUUCUCCUGGAACCCAGAGACGGAAGGCGCUGGGGACCGAGGGCCACGCCCUCCCCGCGGGCCCCGGGCCAGGUCCUUUUGGAGCCGGAAACGGCAUGAACGUGAUGGGCUCUAAGGCCAAGGGCAGGAAGAAAUGCGGCCAGGCUCUCCAGGAGCCACCAAGGGGCCUCCCCGGGCUCAAGAAGACAAACACGGCCUCCGUGCAGACAGUAGCUCAACCCCACGGCGCCCAAACACCCAGCCCCUGGACGGUGAGACACCUGUUGCUGCAGGUGGCCCGUGGCUCACUGAUGAGGCCCGGCCCCAGGCGUACGCCACCUUCUCUGGGGCCACCUCUCCGGUCUGCAGUGGGGUUCUCCUGGGAGCCCCCAGUCACCACAGGACCAGCGUGGCCUGUCUGUAGCCCAAGAAGGUGGGGACACAAGACUGUCCCCCGUGCCCCCCGCAUCACCCGCGAGGCCGAGCGAGCACCAGUGGUGUCUGCGGGGAAGAUGAAGGGCUCAUGCAGAGCCCCCAUCCACAGAAGCACAGACUGCAGCCACAUGCGCUAUGGAACAAACACAAGUGUCCAUGCAGGACCCGAUGUCUGAAUGUCAGGGCCAUGCCCGGGCCACAGUGAGAAGGUGCAUCCCCCAUGCAAGCCACAGAGAGGGGAUGGGGGGGGCCAUCUGCGAUUCUGAGCUCAUCGGGCAUCACCCCAGAGGGAGAGGGAGAGGGAGAGAGGUAGACAGAAGUACAGAGGGAGAGAAAGAGAGAGGGAGGGAGAGACGUCUCUCCCUUCCCUGGGGGUUCUCUAGUGCAGCCAAGGCUGAAAACCACUGCAUUUUGGGAGAUGGGUCCUCGUGGAAGAGUUAAAUAGUAGCUCAUGGCAUUAUCGACACAUAUUAAAAAGGCCCCAAAUCUUGGGGAGUCAGGGAGGGGAGUGUCGGCUGCCUCGUAAACGAGGAGAGAUUGGGCAUCAGAGGAGGUGCCUGUGCAGCCUGUGCCCAGGGCCCCGCAGACUUCAUCUCCCAGCGGCGGUCCUGGGCUGGAAGUCAGCGGGGAGGUCAGGCUCUCCAAGCAUCAACGUUGACUUCAGGGCUGAUCUAAAAGGCGCCUGGUGUUUGUUGAAGCAGAAAAAAGAGAAAGCAGUAGGGAGAGGAUGGGAGUGGGAGGGGGAGGGAGCCCGCCUCCUCAGCACUUCUACAGCUCUCCCUCUCUCUCUCUCCCCGUUUCUCCUUCUCUCCCUCUACCUCGCUGCCUCUCACUCUCCCUCUCCCUCCAUCUCUCCCUCUGCCUCUCUCCCUCCCUCUCUCCCUGUCCCUCUUUCCCUGUCCCUCUCUCUCUCUCCCUCUUUCCCUCCCCCUCUCCCUCUCCCCCUUUCUCUCUCCCUCUCCCCCUCUCCCCUCCUCUCUCCCCUCCUCUCUCCCUGUCCCUGUUUCCCUGUUCCACACGCUCUAGCUCUACCUCUUUCCCUCUCCCUCUCCCUCCACCUCCUUCCCUCUCCAGAGAGGGAAGGAGGUGGAGGGAGAGGGAGAGAGAGAUGGAGAGGGAGGGGGGAGAGGGAGAGAGAGAUGGAGAGGGAGGGGGAGAGGGAGAGAGAGGGUGGAGAGGGGAGACUGAUAGAGGGAGGGAGCGAAAGACGUUUCUCCCUCCCUCCCUCUCUCCCUCCCUCUCUCCCUCUCCCUCCCUCUCCCUCCCUCCUUCUCCCUCUCCCUCUCGCUCCAACUCUCCCUCUCCCUCCGUCUCUCCAUCUCCCUCACUCCCUUCCAGAGAGGCAGAGGUAAGGCAGAGGGAGAGAGGGGGAGGGAGAGGGAGAGGGAGAGGGAGGGAGAGGGAGAGAGAAAGGGAGAGAGGGAGAGAGAGAGGGAGAGGGAGGGAGAGUGAGAGUGAGAGAGAAAGGGAGAGAGGGAGAGAGAGGGGGAGAGAGGGAGAGGGAAAGAGGUCUCUUCCUCCCUCCCUCUCCCUCUCUCCUCCUUCUCUCCCUCUCUCCCUCUCCCUCUCUCUCUCCCUGUCCCUGUUUCCCUGUUGCAGUCUCCCUCUCCCUCUCUCCCUCUCCCUUGUCUCUGCCUCUCCCUCCAUCUCUCCCUCUCUGAGAGGGAGUGAGGGCGAGGGAGAGAUGGAGGGAGAGGGAGUGACAGAGGGAGGGAGAGGGAGAGAGGAAGGGAAAGGGUGAGGGAAGGAGAGGGAGAGACGGAGGAGAGAGGGAGGGGGAGGGAAGAAGAGACCAUUUUCCCUCUCCCGCUCUCCCUCUCUCUCUCCCUCUCUUAUCUCUCUCUCCCUCUGUCCCUCUCUCUCCUCCUCUCUCCCUCUCCCUCCAUCUCUCCCUCUCCCUCUCUCCCUCUCCCUUAUCUCUGCCUCUCCCUCCAUCUCUCCCUAUCUGGGAAGGAGUGAGGGAGAUGGAGACAUGGAGGGAGAGGGAGAGUUGGUGGGAGAGGGAGAGGGAGGAGAAGGAGAGAGGGAGGGAGAGAGGUGUAGAGGGAGAGAGGGAGAGACGUCUUCGCUCCCUCCCUCUAUCCCUCUCUCCCUUUCCCCCCUCUCUCUCCCUCUCCCCCCCUCUCUCCUGCUCUCUCUCCCUCUCCCUCCACCUCCUUCCCUCUCUGGAGAGGGAAGGAGGUGGAGGGAGAGGGAGAGGGAAAGAGGGAGAGGGAAAGCGGAACAGGGAAACAGGGACAGGGAGAGACGGAGGGAGAGGGAGAUAAGGAGGACAGAGGGAGGGGGGGGAGGAAGAGACCUCUUUCCCUCUCCCUCUCCCCCCCCCUCCUCUCCAUAUCUCUCUCCCUCUCUUCCUCUCCCUUCCUCUCCCUCUCCCUCCAUCUCUCCCUCUCCCUCUCUCCCUCUCCCUUGUCUCUGCCUUUCCAUCUCUCCCUCUCUGGGAGGGAGUGAGGGAGAUGGAGAGACGGAGGCAGCGGGAGAGUUGGAGGGAGAGGGAGAGGGAGGGAGAGGGAGAGAGGGAGGGAGAGGGAGAGAGGGAGGGAGAGGGAGAGAGGGAGGGAGAGGGAGAGGGAGGAGAGGGGGAUAGAGGGAGGGAGGGAGAGAGGGAUGGAGGGAGGGAGGGAGAGAGGGAUGGAGGGAGGGAAGGAGAGAGGGAGGGAGAGACGUCUUUCGCUCCCUCCCUCUAUCCCUCUCUCCCUCUCCCCCCUCCCCCCUCUCUCUCCCUCUCCCCCCUCCCUCUCCUGCUCUCUUUCCCUCUCCCUCCACCUCCUUCCCUCUCCAGAGAGGGAAGGAGGUGGAGGGAGAGGGAGAGGGAAAGAGGUAGAGGGAGAGCGUGCGGAACAGGGAAACAGGGACAGGGAGAGAGGAAGGGAGAGAGGGAGAGGGAAGAGGGAUGGGGGAGGCGGGAAGAGGGAGGGGGGAGGCGGGAGAGAGACGGGGGAGAGGGAGGAGGUAGAGGGAGGAGGAGGGGAGAGGGAGAGGGAUGGGGGAGAGCGAGGGGGAGACGGAGGUGGAGAGGGAGUUGGGAGAGGGACGGGGAGAGGGACGGGGAGAGGGACGGGGAGGGGGAGAGGGAGGAGGGAGAGAGGGAAAGAGAGACGCAGAGGAAAGAGGGAGAGGGAAGAGAGAGAGGAAGGGAGAGAGGGAGAGGGAGGGUGAGAGGGUCGAGAGGAAGCAGGGAGAAAGGAGAGAAAGAACACACCAUCUACAUUUCUGUCAAAUGACACCGGGGAUCCUUACACAACCAGGAGAAAAUAACACAGCAAGACUGUUUCUCAGCUGGAACUGGAACUGCAGAUGGGGCCAAACACCACCAGGGUGGCCACACAUGUCCAGCUGCUGCCCCAGCCCCCUGAGUCUGGUCACCAGGGCUCUGAGUGUUUGCUCCUGGGACCUGGGGUUCACCCUGUCACCCUGGAGGUCGGGCCUAGACAGCAGGGCCCCGGGCUGGACACAUAGGGGGAAAAGCAUCCCCACAGGACAGCUUGUGCGAGCCGAUUCAGCUGCGAGAUUCUAGAGGCCCGGGAUCACCCUGUGGCCCAUGAAACCCAGGAGCCAGGAGGGUCUUGCAUCGGGAUUCCUGUCCGUUGGACUGUAACGUUUAUGUAAGGAAUCUUGGAAACAGUGGUAACAAGACUGAAUUCGAACGAGCUUUAGGAUAUUAUGGACCACUGCGAAGUGUGUGGGUUGCUAAAAACCCUCCCGGCUUCGCUCUUGUUGAAAAUGAAGAUCCCCGAGAUGCAGCGGAUGCUGUCUGAGAACUAGACCGGAGAACGCUCUGUGGCUGCCGAGUAAGAGUGGACCUGUCGAAUGGGGAAAGGAGAAGUCGAAAUCGUGGCCGCCUCCUUCUUGGGGUCGUCGCCCUCGAGAUGAUUAUCGGAGGAGGAGUCCUCCCCCUCAUCACAGAUCUCCAAGACGGAGAAGCUUCUCCCGCAGCUGGAGCAGGUCCCUUUCUAGAUAUAGGAGAAGAGAGAGAUCACUGUCCCAGGAGAGAAAUCACAAGCCGUCCCGAUCUUUCUCUAGGUCUCCUAGCCGAUCCAGGUCAAAUGAAAGGAAAUAGACCACUUUGCAAGAGGAGUGGUGCACAGGAAAUAACUUCAUUUGACAGGAGUAUGUACAGAAAAUUCAAGUUUCGUUUGAGACUUCUGAAGCUUGAUGCACUUUUUAAAUGUUUUAGCUGUUCACAUUUGUUUGUCUCUUGGGACAGUGACACAUAAAGGUGUCAUUCUCUAUGGUUUGAAAUGGGUCAUAUGAGGCAUGUAAUAUGAUGAAUUGUUUCUUUACAAUGUUCUCGUAAGCAAAAUUGAAUUUGCUUUGAAUUUUUGGUCUUGCCUAGACUGAUAAUAAAACUCUAACUCCUGCCCA